GCAAGAGUAUACUCUGUAGCCGCCGACUCCGAGAAUCGGGCUUUGAUCAGAAAUUCGCCGCCGCCAGUGACAGGGGACGCGAUUGUGGACCGAGCCGCCGGGGAAUUUGACGAUCGGCGGGCGGUGGUGGGCGCCUCGCAGCUAUGUCCAUUUUGUAGAUUAUUGGUGCGAAAUUCUACAGUGCCUAUCAGGUGUUUGCGUUUCAUGUAUGGUGUUGAGAACUUGUGA